GACUUGCCAAACUUUCCCGAGGACUUCGUUGCGCUUUUGGAUUUCUUUUUCAGCCCGCAGAAGGUCUGACAAGAUGAUUGUGCACGGAGGUCGCAGGCAGCAAUGAUCUAACCUCCUCUUUUACAAGCAAACUUCCCCGAGCGGCCAGCAGCGCCAUGGCGGCCCAGGGCGACGCUCUGAGCGGCUACUUGCAGUCCGACCAAGGCUCCAACAGCGAGCGGAGCACAGACUCUCCUCUGCCCGGCGACGACGACGACUUCAGCGGACCCGACCCGGAGUGGACCGAGGAGAGGUUCCGAGUGGACCGGAAGAAGCUGGAGUUCAUGUUACUAGCCGCCUCGGAGGGCAGAGUCAAUGGCGGGGAGGAUUUCUUCCAGCAGAUUAUGGACGAAACCCAAACACAGAUAGCCUGGCCCUCUAAACUGAAGAUCGGAGCAAAGUCGAAAAAAGAUCCUCACAUCAAGGUGUGCGGCAAGAGGGAAGACGUGAGGGAAGCUAAAGACAGGAUCAUGUUGGUGCUCGACACAAAGAGUAACAGGGUGACGCUGAAGAUGGACGUGUCUCACACGGAGCACUCGCACGUGAUCGGCAAGGGCGGCAACAACAUCAAGAGGGUGAUGGAGGAGACGGGCUGCCACAUCCACUUCCCCGACUCCAACAGGAACAACCAGGCGGAGAAAAGCAACCAGGUGUCCAUCGCAGGGCAGCCAGGAGGGGUGGAGGCGGCUCGAGUUAAAAUCAGGGAGCUGCUCCCGCUCGUGUUGUCCUUCGAGCUGCCCGCCAUCAUGCAGUCGGACCCCAGCUCGCCGAGCGUGCAGGCAAUCUCGCAGACCUACAACCUCACCGUGUCCUUCAAGCCCCCCACACGCCUCUACAGGGCCACCGGCGUGGUGCGCGGCUCCCAGAACAACACCAACGCCGUCAAGCGAGGCACCGCCCUCCUGUUGGAGCACCUGGCGGGCAGCCUGGCAAGCACCAUUUCGGUCACCACCCACCUGGACAUCGCACCCCAGCACCACCUCUUCAUGAGGGGCCGCAACGGCAGCAACAUCAAGCACAUCACCCAGAGGACGGGGGCCCAGAUCCACUUCCCGGACCCCAACAGCCCGCAGAAGAAAUCCACGGUCUACAUCCAGGGCACCAUCGAGUCGGUGUGCCUGGCUCGCCAGUACCUCAUGGGCUGCCUGCCGCUGGUGUUGAUGUUCGACAUCAAAGAGGAGGUGGAGGUGGAGCCUCAGUGCAUCACGGCGCUGAUGGAGCAGCUGGACGUCUUCAUCAGCAUCAAACCCAAGCCCAAGCAGCCCAGCAAGUCAGUCAUAGUGAAGAGCGUGGAGAGGAACGCGGUGAACAUGUACGAGGCCCGCAAGUUCCUCCUGGGUCUGGAGUGCAACGGCGUGGUCUCCUCGCCGCCCUCGGUCGCCUUGAAUCCCGCCGCCAACGGACCCUCGCCGUCCCUCAUCUGCCCCGUUGGCCUGGACAUCCUGGCCUCAGCUGGCCUGGGGCUCAGCAACCUGGGUUUCCUGGGUGCGACAGCGUCCCACUCGCUGGCUAACUCGGCGGCCCCCAACGUCGUCCUGAACACCUUAAACUCCUCCAUGAGUCCCCUGCAGGCCCCCAGCACCCCCACGCCCUCCCUGUGGCCCAGCUCCCUCACCAGCGCCCAAGCCUUCUCGUCCCAGUUGAUGCUGCACCCGGCCGCCCAGGCCACCCUGAGCAGCAUCCUGCUAUCGGGCGUGCAGGGCUACACGCAUAGCACGCCGUCCCCUCCGCCGGGCCUGGCGCCCAUCGACAAGCCCAUCAGCGGCGUCCCCGACUGCGCCAAAGCAGCCUGCUCGCUUAACGGCCAUGUGAAGCAUCCCGGUUCCGUCUACGGGAGGAUAGCCACGGCUUCUCUUGCCGAGACGGUUUUGAGUCCAGCUCCGUGUGACUCGGUCCAAGAAGCCAGUGGACACAAUCCAUCAGAACCACGGUCCAGCAAGUCCAACACAGAUGAAGGCUCCGACACCUUCGUGGAGGUGGGCAUGCCGAGGAGCCCCUCACACUCGGCCAACGGCAACGAGUUGAAGCAGAUGCUGGCGUCCUGCAAGACGUCGUCGGGGAAACGGCAAGCCGUGGAGCUCCUGCAAGGCACCAAGAAUUCACACUUACAUUCCGACUGCCUCUUGUCGGACGCAGAGUCCAGUUCUUCAGACAGUCCCGUGGCCGACAAGAGGGCGCCGGGCAGUGAGCGGGCGGCCGAGAGGGCGGCGCAGCAGAACGAGAGAGAGAGAAUCAGACUGGGGCCACAGACCUCCUUCGCCAACAUGCAGGCCUUUGACUACGAGCAGAAGAAGCUGCUGGCAACCAAAGCCAUGUUGAAGAAGCCUGUGGUGACCGAGGUGCGGACACCGACCAACACCUGGAGCGGCCUGGGUUUCUCCAAGUCCAUGCCGGCAGAAACCAUCAAGGAGCUGAGGAGAGCCAACCACGUGUCCUACAAGCCCAGCAUGAGCACCACCUUUGAGGGUUCCCCGCUGUCCUUGUCGCGCUCCGGCAGCCGGGAGGGCGUGGCCAACGGCAGCGAUUCCGACAACUGGCGGGAGAGGAACGGCACGUCAAACGGGCUGCAGGCUCAUGCCGAGUUCCCCGCCGCCGCGAGCAGCCCCAAGAGGAAGCAGAACAAAUCUGCUGCAGAACACUACCUGAGCAGCAGCAACUACAUGGACUGCAUCUCCUCGCUGAUGGGCAGCAACGGCUGCAGCCUCAACUCCUCCCUCAAAGGCUCCGACCUGCCCGAGCUCUUCAGCAAGCUGGGCCUGGGGAAGUACACGGACGUCUUCCAGCAGCAGGAGAUCGACCUGCAGACCUUCUUGACUCUGACCGACCAGGACCUGAAGGAAUUGGGCAUCAGCACUUUUGGCGCCCGCAGGAAAAUGCUACUGGCCAUCUCAGAACUCAACAAGAACCGGCGGAAGCUCUUCGAGCCCCCCAUCAGGUCCUCCUUCCUGGAAGGGGGCGCCAGCGGGCGCCUCUCCCGCCAGUUCCACGCCGACAUGGCCAGCGUCAGCGGGAGGUGGUAGGCACUCACUCAACCCUCCAGUCGUGGCCCACGCCUCUGUUCGGGCCCGGGACUGGUCCUCGUGGCCAUGUUGUGUAAAUUCCAAGCCAUAGUUUGUCCUUGCCGAGGUUCCGUCCUGUCGGAGCCACUAGGAAGCAAGGUGGAACCUCCAAGGUGGAACCUCCAAGGUGGAACCUUCAAGGUGGGCGAGGGAAGGAUUUGACCCCGUGACGCAGACAUGCACUUUAAUAUUGCUCCACGUUUGCCUGUGAAAGAAACUUUGCUCUCAAGCCAAAUAAAUGUAAGCACUUAGGAAAGGUCAGCAAGGUCACCAUGAUGUCAUGGACGCCAAUGACCAGGUCGCCAAAAACGAGAUCGGGAGGUCAGUGUUUAUUGUUUAAGCUCAGCCGCCAUCUUGUUCGUGUUUCUCCACCCAACCAGAAGAAAAGAAAUAUUUUGUACUCACUAUUUUCUUGUUAAACCACCAAGUUAAGGGAAGGUAAUCGCUUUAUUUUUUAUACUUAUUGUUGUGUUUAUUCUUGUCUUUGUGUACCAGCUGUUUGACUCAAAUUCCCACAAUGCACUCCUCCUCCCAUGAAGGGCCAGUUUACUGCAGUUAAGACCAAAAUGAUCUUGUUGUUGUUGUUCAAAUGGGAAUUGUGGGGUCUUAAAAGUCACAAGAAGUGGAAAAUGACUACAAUUCACCUUGGAAAUAUUUUAUAAUUUACUACUUUAUUCAUAACAUUGAAAACAGUAAUCAGGAAUUGACAUUUUAAAUAUAUAUAUCCAUCCAUCCAUCCAUCCAUCUUCUUCCGCUUAUCCGAGGUCGGGUCGCGGGGGCAGCAGCCUAAGCAGGGAAGCCCAGACUUCCCUCUCCCCAGCCACUUCGUCCAGCUCCUCCCGGGGGAUCCCGAGGCGU